AAGGGAAAAGAAAGCAAGCAUACCAGACGACAACGCAAACGGCAACCUCUCUCCAACGUCGCCCCGUCUUUGCUCUGCGACACAUGUUUUGCGCAAGCAACCAAGUGCUGUCAUCUCUUUCUUUGGCUCCCGUCGACACACCAAAUGGGGGUGAGACACGAUGCGACCGACGCAGGCCAAAUGGCCUCUUCGGUCUUCACAUAGUGAUGGAGCCUUGUCUGUUCCCAGCUGUCACUACUGCCUGCCCCUGUAUGCUGUCCCGCCACCUGCUCGACAAGAAAAUGGUUGCAUCAACACAAAAGCACAGCACCCGCUUCGUCGCUCAGCAUCCCGGCCGGUGAUGUCAAGGUCGGGCUGGAGAUAUGGCUUGUUGCAACGUCCUGAUAGGCCCGUGUCUUCCCAACGUGCGACAACCACCCACCAAUUCAGAUCCUGGUCGCGUCGCCCUCGCCGUGGCAACGGAACCAAAAGUCAACCAAGUCAACAAAUCCGACACCCGCACAACUCAGACUCGGUACUCCCUUAUCCUUCUCCGAUUUUUCCCCCUCGGGGGGAGCGGCGGCCGUUACAGCACAAAACCUCUUCCUUGAUACACCAAAGCGAAUACGGACACAACAAUCGAGGCCAGUACACACCGCAAAAUGCAGCCCAUUUUCGUAUCUCGCGAAUGUUGGCUCCGUCUGGCAAUCCUAGUGGUUAGUUCUG